UUCAUUAACGAUUUUUAUAAAGAAGCUGGAGUGCCUCCACACGCAGUCGAAUAUGUAGAAGCUUUCGGUGCAGCCGUCUCAGAGGCUGAUAAAGAAGAGCUGGAGGCGAUUGAGACCGUGUUUUGCAAAGAGCGCCGUGAACCCCUCUUAGUCGGCAGUGUUAUGUCCAACAUCGGUUACACAGAGGCGGCUUCUGGCAUUUCUGCGGUUACUAAGGUGAUACUAGGCUAUCAAAGAGGCAAGUUGGCCGCCAACAUGCACUGCACAACUCCUCGUCAAGACAUCCAGGCUAUCCGCGACGGGCGUAUGAAAGUCGUCACCGAGAACACUCCAUUCAAUCCUAUGGCUUACGUAGCUGUCAACAGCAAUGCGGUCACUGGAAUUAACGCCCACGCUCUGCUUAAGGGAUACUGUAAGCCUAAGGACCGGAAUAGUUACAAGUGUAACUUUCCGCGCCUAGUGACGAUUUCAGCAAGACAAGACAUAAAUAUCCAAAACAUCCUCAAUGACUUGAAGAGCAAACCGAUCGAUCCUGAAGAAAUUGCCCUGUUCCACAAUAUACACAAGUAUAGGAUCCCUGGUCAUUUAGGCAGAGGCUACAUUAUUCUAGACACCGAUGAGGAACAGAAGACAGUGUGUCUUGGAGAAACGGCGGCGUACUAUGACGAUACCAAGCGCCCGCUCUGGUUCGUGUACAGCGGAAUGGGCUCACAGUGGGCAGGCAUGGGAGUGCACCUUAUGCGUAUUCCCAUCUUCGCCGCCGCUAUUGAGCGCUGUCGUAUUGCCCUAGAGCCAAAAGGUAUCGACAUCGUGCACAUAAUCACGUCCCCGGACAAGACGAUUUUCGACAAUAUCCUGAACUCUUUCGUUGGCAUCGCUGCCAUACAGAUCGGUCUGACAGAUGUGCUCAAAUCUAUUGGGCUUGAACCAGAUAAUGUCAUAGGUCAUAGCGUAGGCGAGCUGGGUUGCGCAUACGCCGACGGUUGCUUCACUGCUGAGGAGAUGAUCCUUUCUGCGUACAGUCGUGGGCUGGUUUCAAUUCAAACGCCCUUUAUUCACGGCUCUAUGGCUGCUGUGGGAUUGGGAUAUGAGAAGGUGUUAGAAAUGAUUCCACCGGAAAUCGAAGUGGCAUGUCACAAUAGUUCCGAGUCAAGCACCAUAUCAGGGCCGUCUGAUAUAAUGAAGGAAUUCGUUGCCAAGUUGACAGCGGAGGGCAUCUUCGCCAAAGAGGUGCCGUGCUCCAAUAUCGCUUACCACUCGCGAUACAUUGCUGAAGCUGGUCCUGGUCUGCUGAAGUAUUUGAGUGAAGUAAUCAAGGAUCCAAAAGAGCGCAGUGAGCGAUGGGUGUCAACGUCAGUACCCCAUGAAAAGUGGGGAGAGCCUAUUGCCAAAUAUUCUUCUGCAGAAUACCACACAAAUAACCUACUGAACCCAGUACUGUUCGAAGAGACUGCUCAAUUGAUACCAGCGAAUGCGGUCCUCGUAGAAAUUGCUCCUCACGGUUUGUUGCAAGCUAUCUUGAAGCGAUCGAUGCCCAGCUGCAACAAUAUCCCUCUCACCAGACGAGGGCAUCCCGACAACGCGUUAAUGGUUCUUGAUGCUAUUGGCAAACUAUUUGUCCACGGAUACAACCUGGAUAUCGCCGCUCUGUAUCCAGCAAUACAGUUCCCCGUCUCCACAAACACACCGAUGCUGUCUCAUUUUGUUGAAUGGGCUCACACCGAGAAAUGGAAUGUGCCACUCUUCGAUAAGGGUACGAUGAAAAAAUAUCCAAUAUGCAAUUUCGUGCCAUCGAUCUUCGACGUUGAAUACAACUAUUUACAAGGACACGUGUUAAGAGGCAAGAACCUGUUACCGUUUGCGGCGGUAAUAGAAGCGGUAUGGGACACGUACGCAAUGAUUCAGGGCUCACCACGGCGACAGUUACAGGUCGAACUCCGCGAUGUGUGCCUGUUUGUGCAGCCGCCGCUGCAUAUCAAGCAAGUGACGCGCUUGCGCGUCGUUUAUUUCCGCGGCAGCGGCAAAUUUGAGGUACACAAUGAAAUGGGCGUUGUAGCGUCGGGCUUUCUCGCCAAUGCUGUUCACGUUGAUGUGAGACACUUCGAAAGCGCAUUUGAGUCGAAAGAAACGAUGGAUCUUGUGUCUGACGACCUGUAUCACCUCUUUCACGAGAGGGAUUACCAAUAUGAAGGUGAAUUCCGCUCUAUUCACAAAGCAAAUUCGUCGUUUACUGAAGCUCAAAUAAUCUGGAAAAACAAUUGGGUAACUUUAUUGGAUGGAAUGCUACAGUUGGAUAAUUUGAGGCAAUCGCACUCUUCUUUCUCUACACCCAAUAAAAUUAGGAGGAUUGUGAUCGACAAUAAUAGGAUGACAGACGACAAUAUAAUAAAGGAACACGAUAAAAAAUUGCUACUAGCUCAAGUUUUCGAGGAAUAUGAUUACAUGAGAUGCGGUGGCAUUUUAUUAGAAAGUAUUAGGUACCAAGAAACAUCGAUUACGGAUGAAAUUUCAGCCAAUCUGAAGAUCGUAAAAUUUGUUCCCCACUUUGAUGCUAAUAUCGAUACUGCCGUCACCUGGAAAGUUUACUUGCAAAUAGUAUCCGAAAAUAUUAACAAGGAUACUAUUAAUGUCGUGAGCAUUACAAAUCAAACGAAGGAUACAUUUUGUGACCUAAAAGUUGGCCUCCAUAGCAUUGCUGGAGUAAGUUUUAACUAUAGCGAAAUAAAUACGGACAAGAUGUUGACACUGAAGGAAAAUUUUCUUUCUGAAAUUGAUUUGGUCCUGGUUCAGAACCUAUCGUUGGAUGAACACAUGUGCCAAAUGUUAUACCGUGUAUUGAAACGAGACUCUUUCAUCGUGAACCGAGAAGAGACUGUCAAUGAUCGCAUACGACCAUCAGCUCUUUACAGUGUUCUGUCUUCACACAGCAUAAAUCAUACAAAACUGGAACUUUUGAAAUGGAGGCCCACGCAUGUGACUUCCGUGUCUAGUGUUAUGACUGUCCGUACAGCUUUCGACUUAGAUUACCUGGCAAAUACCCGAUUAUCUCGUUCGUGUCGUAACAAGCUCGUAAUUUUGUCUCCGUACCCCUCUGUACCGGGAUUGAAAACCAUUGUAAAACAAUGGAGAAAACCAACAGAUCAGCCUAUUUAUCUGGUGUCUGUAACCGACGAAGAUAAUAUGGAAAAACUACCUGAUACAAAUCUGGCGUUUAGUGUAUUGUAUAAUGGUGUUUGGGGUGGUGAGUAUUACUUGCCAUGCCCUGAAGUGAAAGCAGUGGAAAAUAGAAUGGUACUUCAAAGCGGUCAAGUCGGUGAUAUUAACUCUAUGUUCUGGAUGGAAACCUCAGACGUUGAAAAUUCUAAAUUGAAAGUUGUGGUUCAUUACGCAGCGUUGAGCAAUUUGGACAUGCAAAAAGCGACCGGUGUGGUUUCUUCAGUCACAACUGAUGGCCUUAACAGCAAUUGCUACGGCAUGGACUUCAGUGGAGUGACUGAGAGCGGCGAGCGAGUGAUGGGUUUGCUACCUAGAGGUGCAGCAAGUACUACGGUGGUAGCAAUCCCCGAACUGGUGUGGCCUGUCCCUAAACACUGGACCCUCGAAGACGCUGUCACCGUACCCUCUGCUUUCGCUCACGCUUACUAUAUCCUUCGCCUGAAACUUGACUUUGUUGGACAUAUGCAUUCCAUAUUAAUUCACGGAGGAGCUGGUGCAUUGGGACAAGCCCUGAUCUCAAUCGCGCUCUCGACGGGUAGCGAAGUAUUUACUACAGUGAGCGACAUAUCGAAGAAGCGUUUCUUGACUAGACUCUUUCCACAACUGAAAGAGGAUCACAUUUUCAAUUCCCGUGAUCCUUCAUUCUCGGAUAUGGUCAUGCUUCAGACCAAUGGAAAGGGAUGUUCUGCUGUUGUCACAGCAGCUAAAGGAGAACUUAAAGAGAUGUACUGCAAAGUAUGCGAGCAUUCUGGUUUCGUGUGCGAUGUCGAUCAGAUUAACAGCCAAGAAAACUUUAGUUUCAAGAUGAAUUAUCUAACUGGUGAACGAAAUUACGCCCGCAUUAAUUUCAACGAUGUUUUCGACGAUCCUAAGACUAUUAAAGCGAUUCAAACUUUAAUGAGCGAAGGUAUCGCCCGUGGCUUUGUGCGUCCUCUGUCGCGAGUGGUCUACGACGCAGUUGAUGUUCCACGUGCGUUGAAUCUAUUGGCUUCAUCGGCUCAUCGUGGCCGAGUAGUACUGCGAAUGCACCACAAAGUGAUAGCCUCUCAGCCAAGGAUCACCUGUUCGCCAGCACUAUCGCACGUGGUGGUUUGUGCCGACGAAAUUGUUGGCAUCCAAUUAGCUGACCGUUUGGUUCGUCGUGGAGCGAAGAAAUUGUUAUUACACGUCUGCGGAUCCUCUGGUUAUCUUCGACAAAAGAUUCGUUCAUGGGAAAAGAAUGGCGUGAACGUGCAAAUCGUUUCUGCAGAUUUAGACAUGACGGGCGUGACGAAUCUUUUGAAUGUAAGCAAUCAGACUGGACCAGUUGAGGGUAUAUAUAUGACGGUGAACAAAUGUCAUGGAAACAAAGUAGUUGACUAUUUAUCAACGUUGACAAAUUUGGACUUGGUAUCAAGGAAACUGUGCCCAUCAUUAAGGUACUUCACAGUAAUCAACUUAGGAAACAACAUCGGAAGGAAUACGUGUCUGGAGAGAUCUCGUCUUGGCUUACCUGCUACAACAGUUGACUUACAUGCGUUUUUCAAUUCUGAAGAAGCAGUGUCCGGAAAGCUGACGUGGCGUAGUUUGAUCGACGCCACUGAGGCUGCAGUAUGCAGUGCUCAAGUGGAUGUUGCUGCUUUCCCGCAGAGACGAGUGGCGAAGACAGUCACUGAACAAAUAGCCGAUUUGGCUGGUAUACAAUUAUCGGAUGAUCCUGAAAUUACGCAUCUUGUGAAUCCUGCUAAAGCGUCAAUAAUUCAGACGUUCCUCAGAACUAUGCAUAAUGUCCCUGUUGAUGCUGAGGAUUUCAUUACGUUGACAGCUGCUAAGCUAAGAAGCAUCGAAGAGUACCUAGGGAAAGCAGUAAGAAAGGAGUUGCAUGGCCUGGGCACUUUUUACUCCUGCGAACACAUCGAUGAGUUAAAGGGUACCAUUCCCGUGGUGCCGCUGCAGACUCUUAUUGAAGCAGAGCCAGAGGGUUAUGAAGAGUUCGACGUAACGAAGCAAUAUGUAUGCAUAGUACCAGGCUUAGAAGGGCAUCAUGCUCGUUUCCGCUUGAUGUGCGAGCGAUUCAAGUCAGGAGCAGUGGUGCUUCAGCCCGGUCUUGACUGCCCUUAUGACACAGUGAAGCAGACAGCUGAUAAAUAUGCCCAGUUACUCCGAGACAAAGUGAAUAUUCAAGACAACUUUUACUUGCUGGGUUACGAGAGCGGUGUUCUGGUUGUGUUGGAACUCGCUGCCAUUUUGGAAGAUUGCGGUCUUAAAGGUACCGUGUUUUGCGUUGGUGGCGCUCCCGAAGAGUUCCAGGCGACCCUCAAACACGAGCUAAGAGAGUACCAAUCGGAUGAGGAGCUGCAGAACGCCGUCAUCAGGCACAUGUUUGUGUUGAUGAAGGGUGACGAUGAUGGGCUUGAUGAGGAGCUGAAAAAGGUAUCCACGUGGAAAGAGAGAAUAGAUGUGUGCGUGCGAUUGUUGCUCGGACGUGUGCCUCACUCAGCACAGUAUGCGAAAACGCUAAUCUUGUCUGCAUACACGCGGAUCAAGCUAGCACUGCAGUACAAACCACAGCCGAGGCAGCUCAAUUCUAGAGUAAUUCUCCUACACUCACCAUCGAUGAUACUUGAAGACCCUCGCGACACCCCAGCAACAUUACUCCAACAGUACUCCAAACAACCAGUCGUAGUUCACGAGCUGCAAGAACCACUUGCACACGCCGCCCUCGAUCUUCGUAUCCCGGCAAUCAUCAACACCUAUUUCGAUGAAAACAUCAAAGAGGCUUACGAAAAAGCCAAUCUAUGCGAAAAAUAUAGGAUUUUGGGUGAUCUAUUCACUGGCUCUCAAGACGUUGCACUAUGAAACGUCCAGAACAUGCUAGCUGGACAAAAAUAUUUAUUGCUAUUUUUUGCUUUGUGGGGUUUUCUUAUUAUGAAUACCUAAUUAAAUUUUAGCUUCAGGGG